AUGGACCGGCCCGGGUUCACGGCCUCGCUGGUGGCUGGUGGGGUAGCAGGUGUCUCUGUUGAUUUGAUAUUAUUUCCUCUGGAUACCAUUAAAACGCGGCUGCAGAGUCCCCAAGGCUUCAAUAAGGCUGGUGGUUUUCGUGGAAUAUAUGCUGGCGUUCCUUCUACUGCUAUUGGAUCCUUUCCUAAUGCUGCUGCCUUUUUUAUCACCUAUGAUUAUGUGAAAUGGCUUUUGCACACGGAUUCGUCCUCACAUUUGAUGCCUGUAAAGCACAUGUUGGCUGCCUCUGCUGGAGAAGUGGUGGCCUGCCUGAUUCGAGUUCCUUCUGAAGUAGUUAAGCAGAGGGCACAGGUUUCUGCUUCUUCAAGAACUUUUCAGAUUUUCUCUAACAUCUUAUAUCAAGAGGGCAUCCCAGGAUUGUAUCGAGGCUACAAAAGCACAGUUUUAAGAGAGAUUCCCUUCUCAUUGGUCCAGUUUCCUUUGUGGGAGUCCUUAAAAAUUAUUUGCAGGGGUCUUCCCGCGAAUGGCAGCCAUCAGCCUGGGAGGCUUCAUCUUUCUUGGCGCUUAUGA